GAACCGCGUCCCGAUAGGCUGAUCGGAGAUCGGUCCACUUUUAAUCGAAGUUCGCUAUCUUGGAGAACAAUUGACUCGGAAUGAUAAGAAAAGUCGGGACUCUAAAGAGAAGCGGGAAUUUUUAAAAAAGAGAAACUAAUGAAGCACGGAUAAAAAACAGAUAUUGUGGUUGUGGAUUUGGUUGGAACCGAGGUGAAAAGUAGCCAAUAUAAGGGGAUUUUCGGUGGAACCUGGAGAAAAGAGAGGUUAGGAGAAGAUAAGAGAGAAGGCAUUGUUGGAAGAUUUGAAGCAAGGAGUUGGCACCGAGGAAAGAUUUGUGAAGAUCCUUUUACGCGAAAUAAAGCGAAAGUGGAGGUUACAUUCGAGUUCGGAUUACGCAACGCUGAGAGAAACAACCGUGGUAGGGAGAUACAAGAUACAAGAUACAAGACAACGGAUAGAAAUUACGGUGCAAAGGGAAGCUACAACUCGGAAAAAAGAAGAAAAGAAACGCAAGAUAGAGGAAGAAGCUACGGCUAAAACAAUAGCAAAGGCACGGGACGGAAGGAUCAAGGAAAGGCAACGAAACCACAAAGCAAAGAUAGAAUACCAAGAGAAUAUCACAAUUCAAGAGAAUACCACAGAUCAACAAAUAUCAAGAUCGAGGAGAAAGAUUGCAGGUCUGGGAAAUCAUACCAUAUCGUUCGUAUUGUGAAAUAUCAAAGACACGCUAACAACAAACAAAGUACAACACAACACACAUCGUGAUCGUAUUUAAUAACUGCAGCGAACAAAUAAAGGCAAAGUACCAAUAGUGAAGCAAGAUCGGGAAAAGAUCGGGAAGAGAAGAGAGACAACGAAGCAACAAAUAGAUUCGCGACAAGUGCAGCAAGAUGAGUCUUUGCGAAGUUAGACCAACAACCCAGAUGAAUGGAGUCUGCGGGAUAAAGGAGAACGGAAACGUCGUGUCCCAAGCACAUAGGGUAUCCAGACACAAAAGGAGCGAAGCAUUUGGAUCGACAAAAGGAUUCCGAGGUUGCACGGUCUGGCUGACGGGAUUAUCAGGAGCCGGAAAGACGUCCAUCUCUUUCCGCGUGGAGGAAGCUCUGAUAACGAGGGGCAUCCCAGCCUACGGCCUGGACGGAGACAACGUCCGGACUGGUCUGAACCGUAAUUUGGGAUUCGGGAAAGAAGAUCGCGAAGAAAAUGUCCGUAGGGUUGCUGAGGUGGCGAAACUCUUCGCUGAUAGUGGCUUGAUAGCGCUCUGCAGUUUCGUGUCCCCUUUCGAGGCCGACAGGAAAAUGGCCAGAAGGAUUCACGAAGAGGCCGGGUUGCCCUUCUUCGAGGUCUUCGUCGACGCUCCUCUCGACGUCUGCGAGGCGAGGGACGUCAAGGGCCUAUACAGACGAGCUAGGCAAGGAUCCAUCAAAGGAUUCACAGGCAUCGACCAAGUUUACGAAAGACCAAGUCGAGCGGAUCUCGUCCUGGAAACUCAGGGUUGCACCGUGGAGAAGUCCACCAGCACUCUUCUGGAGUUCCUGGAGAGAAAUGAUGUUUUACCAUCGGCGAUAAAUGGAAAAUCUCCUUGUCUCCAGACUCCUCAGACGAGGGACAUUCCGAUAAAGGAACUGUUCGUCGCCCCAGCUCGUCUUCCAUCCGUCAAAGCCGAAGCUGUCACCCUCGAUCGACUAGAAAUCGAUCAACUCGACGUCCAAUGGCUGCAGGUCCUGUCCGAGGGAUGGGCUUCCCCUUUAAGCGGCUUCAUGAGAGAAGAAGAAUACCUCCAGGUAGAACACUUUAACCGGAUUUUGGAACCCGGUGGAAAACUGGAAGAAGUCAAUCAAUCGAUACCAAUCGUCCUGGCGGUGAAAAGCGAAGACGCAGAUCGGCUUCGAUCAUCCCCUGCGAUCUCGCUUACACAUCGAGGAGAAGUUUUGGCCGUUUUGAGAAGGCCCGAAUUUUAUAGACAUCGAAAAGAAGAGCGUUGCUGCAGACAAUUCGGCACCAACAAUCAGGGCCAUCCUUAUGUGCGUCUGAUACAUAAAUCGGGCGAUUGGCUGGUUGGAGGAGAUUUAGAAGUCCUUGCAAGGAUCAGGUGGAACGAUGGCCUCGAUCAAUUCAGAUUAACUCCUAACGAAAUCAGAACCAGGUGCAGAGAAAUUGGAGCUGAUGCUGUCUUUGCUUUCCAACUCAGAAAUCCCAUCCAUAAUGGCCACGCACUUCUCAUGCAGGACACCAGGAGACGUCUUCUGGAAGAGCGAGGAUACAGGAAACCCGUCUUAUUGCUGCAUCCUCUUGGUGGAUGGACCAAAGAUGACGAUGUACCUCUAAGUGUCAGGAUACGCCAACAUCAGGCGGUUUUGGAGGAAGGACUUUUGCAUCCUGACACUCUUUUGGCCAUUUUCCCAAGCCCUAUGAUGUACGCCGGUCCUACGGAGGUACAGUGGCACGCCAGAGCUCGGAUGGUGGCCGGAGCUAAUUUCUAUAUAGUUGGUCGAGAUCCUGCAGGAAUCCCUCAUCCAGGAAUUGCUCCUUCUCCUGAUGGGAACCUUUACGAUCCCACCCAUGGAGCUCGUCUUCUUCCACUUUCUCCAGGAUUACAGGACCUCGAAAUAGUGCCCUUCAGGGUCGCCGCUUACGACAAGAAGAACAAGAAGAUGGCCUUCUUCAACCCCGAACGAGCGGAGGACUUCGAUUUCAUAUCCGGCACGAGAAUGCGCGGUCUUGCCAAAUCUGGCAAAGAACCACCUGAUGGCUUCAUGGCGCCGAAAGCGUGGAAGAUCCUGGCAGAGUAUUACUGGAACAUUGCCGAAGGACAACGGGAAGUCUGAUGGAUUUCCAAUGAGAAUUGACAUUAUCGAUCUAUCUAAUAUCGUAGUACCUCUCUAUUUCACGACCUAGCAGCAUAAACGGGAAUAAUUAUGUCCAGGAUUGCAUAAAGACGUUCGAGUAACGUCCUAAUAAAUGUUCAUAUGCGAUAA